GCGGUGCAGCGCCGCCACCGCGCCCGCGUCGCCCUCCGAGCCCGCGGCCGCGGGCGGCCUGGACGCGGAGCGCCUGGCCUUGAGACUGCGGCUCGGGAGCGGCUGGCGGGAGCAGGUCGGCCGCGCCGCAGGCGACGUGCGGGCCGUGCUCUCGUUGCUGGUGGACCGGGGGCGCCUGGAGCCGAACCCGGGGCAGGCCGAGGCGGCCACGGCGCUCUCCAGGCUGCAGCCCGCGCUGCAGAGCGCUCGGCUGGCGCGCGAGCGCUGGGACGCGGAGCAAGCGCGGCUGCUGGCGCAGCCCGUCGCCUGCCCACCCUGCCCGGCGUGCCACGCCAGCCAGUGCCCAGCGGCGCUCGAGACGGAGAGGUUGCUCUUGAAGCAGCUCCAGUCGUCCGCUGAUGCGUGGGUGGUGGUGACGCCCGACGGCGACAUGUAUGUAGAGGACGUUGCAGUCAAUGAGGACAUCAGGGAAGUGCUCUGGGAGAACAUUCCAGGUGUGGAGCCCGCCCAGGUGCGGGGUCGCGGCUACAGGUUCGGCCAGAUGCCCCACGGCGACGCCUUCCGGCGGCUGGCGCAGCAGGCGGAGACGGUGCGCGACCAGGAGGACGCCGCGCGGGGGUUCCGCGCGCCGGCCCCGACGGCGGGCGGCAGCGACUUGGGGGGCUUCGACCCGAUCGGCGGUCCUGCGACCCCGCGAGGCCCGCCGUCCCUGCCGCCGCCGCCGCUAGAGUCGCCGAGCCCGCCUGGACGCUGGGUGAUCGCCGUCGAGUGCAGCGACGGCAAGGCAGGUGAGCCCAUCACGGUCAGGGGUGCGUCGCGCCUGUCCGGUGACUCUCGGAUCGGAGUCGCGCAGGUGCCGGACGGGGCCUUAGUGUUCGUGGAGAGGCUGCUCGAGGACGAGUCUCGGGAGGGCUACCUCGCGCGGGCGGCCAGUCGGCGCAGCGCUGGGGACGGCAACCUCGACGCUCGAGUGCUGCUGGUGGCGUUCAACAUGACGAGCGUUCGCCAGCGGCUCUGGCGGGAGACAAUCUCGAAGAUGGCCCAGGUCUCGUUCCCGGACCGGCCGCUGCCAAGGCCGCGCACCGUGGACUGGUGCACGCGGUUCGUGGACCGCUGGGGAGGAGGCCCAGUUGACAACCACCGUUGGUGGGUCGGCCAUCUGCGCCUGCAGGGCUUGGAUUUCGGCGUCCAGGAGCACGAGCACGGGAUGGGGGCGUUCCAUCUCUUCGGGGCGUGCGACCAGAUCGACCUCCCCAACCUGGUGGGCAUAGAGGUCAUCCUGCGGAGAUGCCAGCUCAUCGAGUACCAUUACGAGAUGAAGGGCAAGGCGGCCGGCCGCGAGGGGCAGAGUGCUGGGCUGUCGCGCGAGGAGGCCGCCUACUUCACGGGCUCCCACGGGCUCGGAGGCGAGGUGAUGAUCUGUCCUGAGCGGGUGGAGUGGGUCUCCAAUGAGAUCGAGAAGGACGCCGGCGUUGCGAAGCAGAUGCGUAGGGCGCGGGAGGAGGGUUUCCUCAGCCCCGCGGGGCCUGGGAUGCGCGACGUCAGCCGGAAGAUCAGGCGCCGCGUCGAGGCCCGAUCUCACGCCGACCAGCGGCGCGCUGACGUGGCCCGUUCUUUGAAUGAGAUUGGAGGCUAUCAGUGCGAGGACACUGUGAGCAGCGCCUCCUCCCGCUUCCGGUCGUGUGCGGACGACUUCGGCAUGGCGAACGUGAGAGCCAGCGUCGAUCGGUGGGGCCGGCUGCCUGCCGACCUCACCUGCCAGGGGGCCUUCGAUGAGCUCCGGGCCAACCACGGCUACGAGGGUGCUUCUGUGGCUGUGGCGCCGAUGGACAUGGGCUUGCUCAGCCUGGGCGGGGCCGGCGCGCCUGUCGACCUGGGCCAGCUGCUGCGCGAUGGCCGUUCUGAGUGCGGCGACAACUUUGCGGCCCUCUCCCAGGCCCCCGGAAACGCCCGGGCCGCGGCCAAGAGCGCGGCCGAAGAGCUGCGCCUACACGGGGGGCUCCGUUGGGCCUCGCACCUCGCGUGCUUCUGCUGGAGAGACCUGUCGGCCUCUGUCUGCCCCGUGGUGGCGUCGAAUGACGUGUCGGAGCGGGGUUGCGGGGUCACCGUCUCAGAGGGGGGCCAGGGCGGCGACAUCGUGGAGGCCAAGAAGUAUUCGGACUGGCGGCGUUUUCGGGGAGGGCCUGGAGGGGCCCGCCAGCAGGCCGCUGAGCUCAUCGAGGAGGCCCUGGUCGGCCGUCGCGCUCCCGGGGGUCGCGACGGAGACGCUGAGCCGGGCGCCGCCGCGGGCGGCAAGGCGGACUGGGGGAUCGUGGAGGACGAUCGCGUGCCGCUGGUCCCUGAGAGGCUCCUCUUCUUGUCAGACUCCACGUCUGCCACCUCGGCUGUAUCGAAGGGCCGGAGCUCGGCCCCCGGGAUGCUGAGGGCGGUGCGGACGUGGGCGUCGUCGCUGCUGGUGUCGGGCUGCGUAGCCACUGUGCGCUGGAUCCCCAGCGAGCUCAAUUCGGCGGAUGCUCCCAUCGAGAGUGUCAGACCACGCGCGCGCAAGCUGUGCCAGGCGAGCUGGGCGGCCUUCGAGGAGUGGGCCUUAGCGCAGAAGUUGCCGAUCGAGUCGGAGGACGACCUCGAGACAGCGAUGAUGGACUACUUCGAUUGCAAGUAUUUCGAGGGGUUCCACUCGAGUUUAGGGAGCCGCCUGGUCUGUGCCGCGUGCUACCUGCGCCCAGAGGUCAGCCGCCAGCGAGGUGCGAGGCUGGCGCGCUUGCGUCAGGCCCUCCGCUGCUGGUGCGUGCGAGCGCCGAGCCAGUCGCGCCUGCCCACUCCGUGGGAGGUGGUUUGUCUGCUGGCGGAUUUCUUUGUGCGCAAGGGCCAGUGGGGGAUGGCGGUGGCGAUAGUCAUGUGCGUGGUCUUCUACUUGUGCCCCAGCGAGCUCCUGGGCCUGGGGGCCCGCCAGCUGGUGCCGCCCCUGGUGGACGGUCGAUCGUUCCAGCGGAGGUGGGCCUUCGUGUUGCAUCCCAUGGAGCUCGGGCGGCCGUCCAAGACAAACCGCCGGGGCGACUCGCGAAUGCUCGACCUCGACGAGCACCAGUUCCCGGCCCCCGCGCCGGCCCGGCUGAGCGGGCCCGGCGAGGGAUCGGAGCGCAAGCUGUUCGGCUUCGACUACCCGACCUGGGCGCGGGAGUGCCGCCGAGCCGGCCUGGGGCUGGGGCUGGAGCCGCUGGGCCCGUCGACCCUCUACGGCCUUCGGCGCGCGGGGGCCGGCCUGGGCUGCGCCCUCGGCCGCCGCGCGAUGCUCGAGAUCCAGCGUCGCGGCAACUGGGCAGCCCCCAAUUCCCCCGGCGCGCGCCAGGCCGCGCCCCAAUGCGCCGCGCAGAUUGGCAGCAUCCAGGCCGGGCGCUGGCUUUACUGA